GUUUGCAGCUAUGUCAUGCCAUUGAUUGUGGUGCCUAACACUCUGGUCAUAUGCACUAGCUACAAUUUACACCUAUUCUUUAUGGUAGUGAUCAACAGUCUCUCCAAAUCUGUUUUGAGUUCUCUUGUUCCUUCACAAUUUUGAUCCUUAAAAUGCAGCUUAUUCAGUCACCCACCAAAGCCCAAGUUUCUUCUCGGUUGAUAAACCUCUAUAUUAUCUCAUCUUCUGUCUGCACGCUCUUUCUUUUCAUAUCAUUCUUCCUGGUGUUCACAAGCUCCAAGCUUCCGUAUAGUUCGUCCCAUGAUGCGUAUGCGGCAACUUCUACGUCUCUUGAACAUGUUGUGUUUGGAAUUGCUUCGAACCAGAAAUCGUGGACGACUCAGAGGAAGGAGUAUGUUAGGCUCUGGUGGAAGGGCCAUUCCAUGAGGGGGUGUGUGUUUCUCGAAAGCCUUCCACGUGAUCAUCAAAACCAUACCAAUGAUACUUCUCUUCCUCCGGUAUGCAUCUCUGGGGACACUUCCGGAUUUCGUUACACGUAUAGAAAUGGUCUCCGGUCUGCAAUUCGCGUGGCACGAGUUGUUUCCGAGACUGUGGCACUCAACCACUCCAAUGUGCGAUGGUAUGUUUUCGGAGAUGAUGACACGGUUUUCUUCCCGGAGAAUUUAGUGAAGACUCUUUCCAAGUAUGAUCAUGAGCUCUGGUACUAUAUUGGCGCCAACUCGGAGAUCUAUGAGCAGAACAGAGUCUUCGGAUUUGGAAUGGCUUUUGGUGGUGCAGGUUUUGCUAUAAGUUACCCUCUGGCGAAAGCAUUGGCUAAGGUGUUUGAUACAUGUAUAGAAAGAUACCCCCAUCUCUAUGGAAGCGACUCAAGGAUUUCAUCUUGCUUGGCUGAGCUUGGCGUUGGCUUAACUCAUGAGCCCGGUUUUCAUCAGAAUGAUCUUCGUGGUGAUACGUUUGGUGUUUUGGCUUCGCAUCCAUUAUCACCCUUGGUAUCCCUGCAUCAUCUUCAGCACACAGACCCUAUCUUCCCCAACAUGACAACCAUGCAAGCUCUGCAGCAUUUACUGAAAGCAGUGAAUGUUGAUUCUCAGAGGAUUCUACAGAAGACGGUUUGCUACGAUAGAUGGUUUUCAUGGACAGUUUCAGUGUCAUGGGGUUAUGCUGUUCAGAUAUACGGAAACCAUAUGCUUCUGCCUGACGUCCUCCCGGUGCAAGAGACAUUCAAGCAGUGGAAAAAGGGACCUGUAUUGUCCGGAGUUUAUACCUUCAACACAAUCGAACAGCACCCUGAUCCUUGUCGCAGACCGGUUGUGUUCUUUCUUGAUCGUGUGUCAUCGAGAGAGGAUGGAAUCAUGAGCAUCUAUAAGAAGUCUUAUGCAAAUUGUUCCUAUGACAUGGCUUCCCCCAGGAAGCUUGAGGAGGUCAGAGUGCUAUCACAUAAGCUGGACCUUAACAUCAAACAGUUGCAGGCUCCAAGAAGGCAUUGUUGUGACAUAUUACCUUCUACCGGUGGGAAGGUGAUGGACAUUGCAAUCCGAGAAUGCAAAGAUGAAGAACUGAUACACAUGCAUUAG